AUGCUUCGGUCUUCGACGCGUGCGCUGAGGCAGGGAGCCUCCAGGCUGCGAAAUCCGUGUCUACAGCUUCUCCCAGGCAUACGGGCAGCGUCGACGGUGACAGACCUCAGUGCCUAUCCUUCUGUCGGAGAGAAGCUCCAUGGCUUUACGGUUGCUGAGAAAAAGCAUGUCCCAGAACUCCAUCUCACUGCCGUUCGCCUAAAGCAUGACACCACCGAUGCCGACUACCUGCACGUUGCGAGAGACGACAAGAACAAUGUCUUUGGCAUCGGCUUCAAGACGAAUCCGCCAGAUGCGACGGGUGUGCCGCAUAUACUGGAGCACACUACGCUCUGUGGCAGCGAAAAAUAUCCUGUCCGAGAUCCCUUCUUCAAGAUGCUUCCCCGGUCUCUUUCCAACUUCAUGAACGCCUUCACCUCCUCCGAUCACACCACCUACCCGUUCGCGACCACCAAUAAGAAAGACUUCCAGAAUCUGCUCUCGGUCUAUCUCGAUGCUACACUACACCCGCUCCUCAAGGAAGAGGAUUUUAGACAGGAAGGGUGGCGAUUGGGCCCUGAAAACCCCAGAGCUGCGGAGCAGAAAGCCGGCGAUGAGCCUGCUCCCGGUGGCGACAUCGUCUUCAAAGGGGUGGUGUACAAUGAAAUGAAGGGGCAGAUGACGGACGCCAAUUACUUAUACUAUAUCAGAUUCAAAGAGCACAUCUUCCCCGCCUUGAACAACUCGGGAGGUGACCCGCAGCAUAUUACUGAACUUACGCAUAAGCAACUCGUUGACUUUUCCAAGAAGAAUUAUCAUCCGAGCAAUGCGAAGCUAUUCACCUAUGGCAAUAUGGCUCUCAGCGAUCACCUACAGCAAGUAGGCGCCGUUCUGGACGGCUUCCAACGGGCUUCUUCGGAACUAGACGUCAAAUUACCCAGAGAUUUAAGUGCUGGCCCUGUGACUUACACUGUCAACGGACCCAUGGACCCAUUUACAAGCGAAGAUAAGCAGCACAAAACUUCGAUUUCCUGGCUUGCCGGCGACUCAACCGAUGAAGUUGAAGUCUUUUCCCUCGGUAUCCUAUCCUCACUACUCCUGGAUGGAUAUGGCUCUCCCAUGUAUAAGGCGUUGGUCGAAAGUGGACUUGGCUCAUCUUUCACGCCAAAUACAGGGUUGGACACGUCCGGCAAGGUCCCAAUAUUUUCCGUCGGGCUAAAUGGUGUAUCAGAGAGUGAUGUACCCGCUGUCAAGCAACGGGUCGAACAGGUAUUCCAAGAAUGCUUAGAAAACGGCUUCAAUAAUGAAAAGGUCAUGGGCUAUCUGCAUCAACUGGAACUUGCGCUGAGGCACAAAACCGCCAACUUUGGACUUGGAGUGCUAGAGAAAACCCUGUCAGCCUGGUUCAAUGGAUUCAAUCCAACCCGAGAACUCGUGUGGAACGACAUUGUUAACGAAUUCGAGAGACGGUGGAAGAAGCCGGCAUACUUGGAGACCCUAAUGAAAACUUAUUUUAUGAAUGACAAAUGCCUAACGUUUACGAUGGCUGGUUCUCCCACGUAUAACCAAACAUUGGCAGAAAGAGAAGCUGUCCGUAAAGAAACCAAAAUGACAGACCUCGCCACUAAAUAUGUCUCAACCGGUAAAGCCAUUGAGCAUCUGAAAAAGGAGGAGCUCGAGCUCCUAAAAGUUCAAGAGUCAGCUCAGCUUGCAGACGUUAGCUGCUUACCCACUGUGCAUAUAACGGAUAUUCCGCGAGAGAUGGAGCGGAAACCGGUGAGAGAAUCAAAAAUUGACGGUGUUGAGGUUGUCUGGCGUGAAGCACCAACCAAUGGCCUUUCUUACUUUCAAGGGUUAAAUAUAUACGAAAAUAUCCCUGACGAGUUGAGAUUGCUACUUCCACUCUUCAACGAGGCCAUCAUGCGACUUGGGACGGCCAAGAUGACCAUGGAACAGUGGGAAGACUUGAUUAAACUAAAGACCGGGGGCGUUUCGUCUUCCACAUUUUCCGUCUCGUCGCCGUUCGACCUAGGCAAGUAUACAGAGGGCCUUCAGCUAUCCGGCUAUGCGAUGGAUAAAAAUAUACCUGAUAUGCUUGACAUAAUUACAACUCUCGUUACCGAAGCUGAUUUUUCAAGUCAAUCUGCGCCGCAAAUGGUUCAAGAACUUCUUCGCUCUAACACGAACGGUGCGCUAGAUGCAGUUGCGGGUUCAGGACACCGCUUCGCUGUGAAUGUUGCUGCUGCCGGGUUGUCUAAAGGUUUCUGGAUCCAGGAGCAGAAAUCGGGCUUGUCUCAGAUCCAAGCUGUCGCCGAUCUCCUUCGAGAUGCUGAAAGCUCUCCAGAGAAGUUGCGACAACUCAUCGAAAAGUUGCGGUUGAUCCAAUCUUUCGCCGUUUCUAGGUCUUCUAAACUUCGUAUCCGUGUUGUCUGUGAGCCGGGAAGCUCAAGUGAAAAUGAAGCUAUCAUUCAGCGAUGGCUAAGCCGUUUACCGAAGACUACUGCACCGCCACUCACAAAUGGCGCUACCAGUUUUAAGCCUUCACCGAGCAAAAUUCUUUAUGAUCUCCCAUUCCAAGUAUCAUAUUCUGGCCUCGCACUCAGAACAACUCCAUUUAUAGACCCUGAUAGCGCGCCCCUCAGCGUUCUAUCUCAACUCCUAACCCACAAGUACCUGCACCCGGAAAUCCGAGAGAAGGGUGGCGCAUACGGUGCUGGCGCCUCUAACGGCCCGAUUCAGGGCCUGUUCAGUUUCUCCAGCUAUCGCGACCCAAACCCAAUGAAUUCUCUCAAAGUCUUCAACAGCAGUGGCGCCUUUGCACGGGACCGCACCUGGUUACAGAGGGAGCUAGAUGAAGCCAAACUUGGCAUUUUCCAAUCCCUUGACGCUCCUAUGAGCGUGGACGAGGAAGGCCAGCGGUAUUUCCUGACCGGAGUCACGCAAGACAUGGAUCAACGUUGGCGUGAACAGAUCCUGGAUGUUACGGCCCAGGAUGUAAACAGAGUGGCUCAGAAAUACCUCGUUGAAGGAACUGAGAGUGUUUUCUGUUUACUCGGCAAUAAGCAGAAUGCAUCCAGCCUUGACGGAUGGGACGUGAGAAGCUUGUCGAUGGGCAGCAAUGCGGAAUCGGAUCCCAUCACCCAUGAUGCUGUUGCGGACACUGCAUAA